AGAUUUUUACCGACCCAUGCGCUGCUCCACUCCUCAUGUUCCCCACAGCUGAGUAAAUUUGUUUAGGGAUCUGGAAAAUUAUUUCGAGCUCAUUAAAGAAGUAGAUCGAGACUAAGGGGUGAGUGAGAGUGGUGAAGGUGAAGAGACAUCAUUCAAAUCACAUGGAUUACUAUCAGAUCUGAACGAAAUAGAGAAUAGUUUAGUUGGAUUAAGUAGUAGUAGUGAGAGAAGGAGAAGAAGAAGAUGUCGAGUGGUUCUCGGCGUUCAACGGGUGGUGCUUGUUUGAGAUGUUGUUUAGUGAUAUUUGCAGUUGCUUCAGCUCUAUAUGUAUCUGCUCCUGCAUUAUAUUGGAGGUUUAAGAAUUUAACAGCUAAUAGUAGUAAUAAUAUUUCACCUUCUUCUUGUUCUCCUUGUGUCUGUGAUUGUCCUCCUCCUCUAUCUCUCAUCAAGAUCGCUCCUGGACUGGCCAAUCUUUCUGUCACAGAUUGUGGAAAAAAUGAUCCUGAGUUGAACAAGGAGAUGGAGAAGCAAUUUGUGGACCUCUUGACAGAAGAAUUGAAGCUGCAGGAAGCAGUUUCCACAGAACACAUAAACCACAUGAACGUCACACAUGGAGAAGCAAGGAGGUUGGCUUCUCAGUAUCAAAGGGAAGCUGAAAAAUGCAAUGCUGCCACAGAGAUUUGUGAAGAAGCCAGAGAACGUUCAGAGGCUUUAAUCAUAAAAGAGAGGAAGGUCACAUCUUUAUGGGAACGACGUGCCCGUAAAUUGGGUUGGGAAGGAGAAUAAGGUCAAAGAGAUUAUAUGCUCAUAUAUUAUUAAUUUAUUAUUAGACAAGGGAUAUCUAUCUGUAAUUUUUGAAGUCCAAUACGACUUUUCAUUUGUAUCAGUAGCAGGCAAUUAGAUGAUUUUCGCAAAAUUCUUAUAGAUACUAAACUUCUUUUCACUCUUUUCUUGUUUCUUAAGCAUGACUACGUGCCACAGAUGAUUAUAUUACUCUAAAUCUAUAGUUACUUUAAUAACAAA